UGUAUACGACCCUGUGGAAAACAACCGAUCAAGGCAUUGAAACAAUAAAAAUGGAGACGAGCUCGCUUGCGCUGGACACCUCAAAACAGCCAGCUCCCCGAGUUGAAACUGCUCCCAUGACCCUGAACCGAGGCAUCUCAACCCGGCAGCUUCUUUUCUCUGACACAUCCUAAAAGCUUCACUUGUGCUCCUUCUCAACAAAAUUCAGAACGCCUCCUUGGCAUACCAUACUUUUCUUUGACGAACGUAACCAACCGUCCAAUACAAGCCGCUUGUCUUACACGGCCCCCCAGGUCACGCUACCAAAAGCAGCCUCGCCGUAUAUGCAAGCCACAGUUUGGCCGACUUACACAAGUCAACUUUCUUGAAAGCCGAGGUAUCGAUAUCACAAGCUUUGGAGAUUGGGGCGUUUGGUAAGGACAAGAAACGAGCUUUUAGGUUCUCCGGAUUCCGCCAGUUUGGCUAGUUAACCAGCGGACUUGCAGAGGUGUUUUCGACCGACUUGGAGCAAACUAGCUCUGACAAGCUUCGACUCGCAAGUUUGACAGCUUGCCGGUUACACGACGCAGUUCAGACGACCGCUGUCUGCCUUCUUCGCCUACCUGCGAACCUAUUACAUCUCACCCUGUACCUCUCCCUACACAGGGUAACAACUCAAAAUGCCCACCUCCUACAACACCUCCUCGAUCCCCCUCAGGAAGGUCCAACACCCGCCUUACACAAUCCCGGUGCCAAACCACCCUCAAGUUCCCAACGAGACCAUCCCCCGUCGUCAUCCCAAAGCCCGCGAUGGCCUCCUCGAGCGCCCCGCCCCGGAUGUUAAUACUACCUUCGACCUGUUGAAGCGCUCAGCAAAGCUCUACCCAGACGAACCGGCCAUCGGUAGCAGAAAGCUCAUCAAAGUCCACAAAGAGAACAAGAAAAUCCCCAAAGUGAUCGACGGAAAAGAGGAGCUGGUGGACAAGGAAUGGACCUUUUUCGAGCUGAGCGACUAUGGGUAUUUGACCUACGGGGAGUACUUUAAGCAGGCUCUCGAGGUGGGUGCAGGGUUGGUGAAGCUGGGUUUAAAGGAAAAGGAGAGGGUGCAUAUUUUUGCUGCCACCAGUCCCGAAUGGCUAACUCUCUCCCACGCCUGCUCCUCCCAAUCUCUCACCAUCGUCACCGCAUACGACACCUUGGGCCCGUCGGGAGUAGAGCACUCACUGCUGCAGUCAAAAGCCUCUGCUAUCUUCAUCGACCCUCACCUUCUCAAGACAGCGAAGAAACCGCUCGAAGCAGCUGGUGAUCAGAUUAAAUUCUUGAUCUACAACAACAACUCGCACCAACCAGUCCCCGACUCUGAGAUUGACUCUUUCAAAUCUGCCCAUCCAAACCUCAAGGUGUUGAGCUUUGAGGAACUGCGGCAGCUGGGGCAGGAUAGCCCCGUCGAGGCGAACCCGCCAAAGGAUCCGGAAGAGGUCUACUGCAUCAUGUACACCUCUGGUAGCACCGGACCACCAAAGGGAGUACCGGUUAGUCAUGGGGGGUUUGUUGCUGCGGUGGCGGGGUUAUUUUCUGUCAUGGAGGAGAGUGUCUCACAAAAGGAGUAUGUUCUUGCUUAUCUCCCUCUGGCGCAUAUCUUUGAGUUGGUGUUGGAGAAUCUUGCCAUAUUUGUUGGGGCUACUCUGGGGUACGGCAGCCCACGGACGCUGUCCGAUCAAAGCAUGAGGAACUGCUACGGAGAUAUGAGAGCUUUCCGACCGACGGUCAUGGUUGGUGUCCCCCAAAUCUGGGAGACCGUCCGGAAGGGAGUAGAAGGAAAGGUCAACAAUGGUGGGGCUAUCAUGAAGAACCUGUUUUGGGGGGCGUAUGCGCUCAAGGACUUGAUGGUCAGGACUGGGUUACCUGGUCAGGGCAUUUUGGACAAGCUCGUCUUUGACCAAGUCCGGGUUAUGACAGGAGGCAGACUGAGGUUCAUCGUCAAUGGAGCGAGUGGGAUAGCCACCGGUACGCAAAAGUUUAUGAGUUUGGUUGUGGCGCCGAUGAUGAAUGGGUAUGGGCUCACCGAGACGUGCGGGAAUGGAGCACUUGGGUGCCCGUUGCAGUGGACGACGGAGGCGAUCGGGCCUGUUCCUGCUGCGGUGGAGAUGAAGCUUGUGAGCUUGCCCGAGCUGGAUUAUGUGGUUGAUCACCCUACCAAUCCGCCCCAGGGAGAGAUCUUGCUUAGGGGGAAGCCGGUUCUCAAGGAGUAUUUUGAGAACCCGGAGGAAACCGCCAAGGCUGUCACAGAGGAUGGGUGGUUUAGGACGGGAGACAUCGGGCAGUUUGACCCGGAUGGACAUGUGAGGGUGAUUGACCGGUUGAAGAACCUGGUCAAGCUGCAGGGAGGGGAGUACAUUGCGUUGGAGAAGCUCGAGGCGGUGUAUAGGGGCGCCGCGUAUGUGCAGAACAUCAUGGUGCAUGGGGACAGCGGGAGCCCGAGGCCGAUUGCGGUUGUGCUGGCGAAUGACAAGGCGCUGGCGGAGAAGGCGAAGGAGUUGGGGGUUGGUGAGGCGGAUAUGCACCGCGACAAGAAGGUGAGGGAUGCGGUGCUCAAGAGCUUGCAGGGGGUGGCGAGGAAGAAUGGGUUGAGCUCGAUGGAGACGGUGGCGGGGGUUGUGGUUGUGGAUGAUGAGUGGACGCCGAAUAAUGGUCUUGUGACGGCGACGCAAAAGGUCAACAGGCGGGCGGUUAGGGAGAGGUACAAGAAGCAGAUUGAGGAGGUUGUGGGGAACAAAUGAGUGAUGAACGGAGCGUUUUCUUGUCUUUUAUUGGUUUUCAAGCCGAUUGCAUGCUGGGAUGACACUGCUAUGGAGUUUUGGAGUGCAUGUUUAUUUGAUAUUUGAUGUUAGCUAGGAUUAAUCAAUGGAAUUGCUUUACCUGACG